AUGUCGACUCGCCGUCCUCUUGCCAACGUGCCGAAUGCUACCAACUCUCCCCACAAGGCCGGGCUCCUGCCGGCCAAACGAGCUCGGUCCACCCAGAUGGAAGUCCCAUACGGCCAGCCUCCGCCCAAGAAGCAGGUGACGGACUCCUUCGAGCCAGAGUCCCGUUCGCCGUCCCGAGCCAAGUCUACCGUCCAGCAAAGUACCGAAUCCCGACUUUUCGCGCGUCGUUCCAACAAUGCCAACCCCAGCGCCUUCGAGAAGAAGCUUGUUGCAGCUAGAGAUCGUGAACGCCACCCGGUAGUCAAGGGGGCAAAGGGCGAGAAGCCCUCGGCAGACACGUUGGAUACCAUUCGACAGUGGCAGAGACACUACCGUAAAGCGUUCCCUCAGUUUGUCUUCUACUUUGAUAGUAUCCCAGAGGAUGUUCGACGAAAGUUUUCAAGUCAGGUUGUGGCACUUGGAGCUCGUGAGGAAAACUUUUUCUCUCGAACUGUCACUCACGUCGUCACUUCGCGUCCCAUACCCGCCGAAACCGCGACCAGUCCCACCGACGAGUCUGCCCCUACCACGGAAGCCAACGGCGAUGCGAAUGUUCAAACCGUCAACCCUUCUUUGCUGGAUAAGAAUGCUGGCCGUCGGGAUCAAGGAAACAUGGACGUCCUUCAAAGAGCUCGCCAAAUGGGCAUGAAGAUCUGGGCGCUGGAAAAGUUGCAACGAAUGAUCACGACAAUCAACGACAAUGAUAUCAGCGGCCACCAUGAUGCUGCAUCACGGAGCAAGACUGCUGGGGGGCACACGGCCCAUGGAAAGGGUGACAAUGCUCUCUCACGCGUCCUUCGCCAAGAGCUCCUGAAUGGUCCGUCUGAUCGCGACCCCUUGUCGUCGAUGGAGAUGCAAGUGUUUAAGGGACCCUUCAUCUAUAUUCACGACAUGAAUGAAAAAACCAAACCCGUUAUGGUCCGAGAGUACCCACGCGUGGCUAAACGCCAGGACGGAGCUUGGCCCCAGUUCCGAAGCGCACCCCUGGGCAAGUGCCCGUUCAUCGACGAACCUCCCAGCCGGAAGGAGAUGGAUCGUCAGCGUAUGCGUCAAGCACAAAAGGAGAAGAAAGCAGCCCGGCAAAAUGCAGAGGAGACCCGCUCACAGUCUAAAUCUGUAUCUGUCACCGCUAAUGAAAAGAACGUUGAUACCAAGUUGGUUACCGAGCUUUCGAAGCCGCAGAAGCCGUUUGAGGAGCAAACCAACACAGCUACCCACCCUGAAAUCACCCGCAAGCCUUCCUUCGAGGAAGCCAAGGAACGGAAGAGUUCAGAAAGCUUUGCUCCUCCACCAAUCCCUCGAACUGGUUCAUUCUAUACCGGUCGUGAACCAGCAGCAUCUGGCGUACAGCCCUCCAACGUCACCUCCGCCAUCCGAUCACAAAUGGUCUCAUCUACUGCCGGUGUUCCUGGAGCCAAGGCAGGACUAAGCAAGGAAAUGCACGGACUGAAGCGAAAGGUUCUUGAGAAGGAAACCGGAGGUAUUGUGACUGGAUCGAUGGCCGCCCCUCAGCGUCCCAUCAACGGUUCAUCUCUGAAUCCUUCUCGGGCUCAAUCGGCCGAGUCCAACAACUCCGCAAAGCCUGAAAAGCGCCCCCGCGAAGACGAUGGAUACCAAUCGGAGGGAGAUCGCCCCAAGCGCCGACGGGAGGAUGAGAAGAACCAGCACCAGCACAAGAUUCCUCACAAGGUACAGCACAAGACACAGCACAGGGAACUGCCCAAGAAGCCCGAACAACGCCGACGAGACCCCAAGCCAGGUUACUGCGAGAACUGCCGGGAAAAGUUCGAUGAUUUCGAAGAACACACCCUCACACGAAAGCACCGCCGAUUCGCCCAGAACUCUUCCAAUUGGGCCGAGCUCGAUAGUUUGCUCUUCGAGCUGCAACGGCCACUGAAGGAAGAAAGAAUUUAA